GCCAUUUGAGUCAGUCGCUCGGGCGUGCUGGUGGGCCGUGGGGCUCUGGCAUGUGUAGUGACACUGGAUUGUGAGACACGAGCCAGUGCUGUGGCUACAGGAUAUCGCAGCGAAAUACCAGGACGGGUGAACGAUGGGCAGGCGACGCUCUACUAGGAGGGGCCGCAAGCCACCGCCAUCACAGAAGGCCCAGAGCGCCACUGCAGAGUGUGCUGAGCAAGUGCCACCGGCGGCGGCUGCGACCAGCACCGGCACCAUGGGGCAAGAUCUCGGCCGACAGCGACGCGCUACCGAAGAUGUUACCCAAAGUGACACAGAACCAGCCGAGGAGGCUCUCUCUGCCGCCUCGGCGUCACCGGGAGACGUUUUCGUCCCUGAAACUGCCGCAGACACUGCCCGAACCACCCAGAUCCCCUCAGAGCGGAGAGGCCAGGUCGCUGAUCACCCCAGUGCCGAGGUUCCCUCAGAGCGGAGAGGUCAGUUCACUGGCCACUCCAGCCCGGAGGACAGUCUAUCUCCAGAGCGUCCCGUAGCUCAGAGUGGCAAGCGCCGCUCCAGCUUUCAACGGUGGAUGUUGGCGAAGGCGCGCAUACGGGAGGGGUCGUUCACCAAAGAGACGCACAGCCAUGACGUGAGGAAGAUGUCUGCCGACACGUCCUGGGACAAGUGGGACCCGGAGCUGACCGUGAAGAUGAUCCGGGUGCCGUCCGUGCAAAACUACGGCAAGAUUCGCCGGGUGCUUCAGCUGGCAGACAGCGCCUGGAUGGAGGACUUUCUGGCGCUGGACGGCCUGGACAUGCUGCUCACCUCGCUGGAGCUGCAGCUGGACCGCAAGCUGUCGGUGCUGUCCGACGUGAUCGUACCGCUGGAGUGUGUGGCCGCCGUCCGCGCCGUGCUCAACUCUCACGCCGGUCUGAGACACUUCCUGACAAACGCUGAGGCCAUCGCCGCGCUUGCCAAAGGCAUGGAAUCUGGCAGCUCUCUGGUGAAGACCCAGGUCCUUGACCUGAUGUCGGCGGUCACUAUGACAGAGCUCGGUCACCAGAUGGCCAUGCAGGCCGUCACACCCAAACAGGGAAGUCUGGCAUCUUUCAUCUUAACUGAGCUGCGGGAGACGGACGACUUUGAAUAUAUGACGUCACUGCUGGCUUUCAUCAACUGCGGCAUUAUGGGCGACGACAACCCGGACAGCAAGGCCCGCCUCCGGCGUGACGUCACCGACAGCGGUCUGCUGGAGUACCUGGAGCGUCAGCUGGACCCUCCGCUGACGGAGACUGAUCUGCUCGUUCAGCGGGAUGUCCUGCUCAACAUCCACUCACCGAAGGCGAACGGCGUCAUCAGCGACAUCGUCAGCCAGCUGCUGCAUAGGGAUAUGGAUGGAAAGUUGAAGAAUAAUCUUCAACAGUUCCUAGAUGCCCUUGGCAGAGUGGACGCGAGAGAACUUAACAGCGACCGAUUUUGGAGCUGUCUCGGCCGCUCAGCAGCAGGCGAGUCGUCGAGCACCUCAACCUCUAGUGACAGUGAAGACACCUGGCAGACAGAGGUCAAAGCUCCCGUCGAGGCGGAGGUCAAGGUCGCUAACACUGCCGCUCUCGAAUCCACCGCCUCAGGGAGCCGUCGAUCGCUCGGCGGUCCUGAAGCCACCGCUCACGGUGACAGUGCAGUCGAUAGUGACAUAUUGCGGGACUUGGAGAGUCAGAUCGAGGACUGCGGCGCACCGAAACCUCUCUCAGUGAGACACUCUGCCCCCGAGGCGGGGCCAGUGAUCCCUGCUCCCGGUCAGUCAGCUGCUAAGCGGUCUGAGUCACUACCCGCUGCAUCCGUCCCGAGCAUGGGUAACUGCCGCUCUCGACACACGCAGACUGACCUUCUGGUGAGUCUGCGCGGCCGCCGCAACGGCAAGAUGAAGCUCUACCACCUCAGUCGGAGCACGAUGGACCUGUUCCGCGGCGGAGACAGCAAGGUGACCCCCGUCCAGCCACCCGGGGGCGACCAGCCCGACCUGGCAGACGUCAUGAGUGACCCUGACUUCGACCUGACCGACGAGGAGAUCGCCCAGUUCCGGCGGCCGCGGCCCUUCCCGCAGUCGUCGCUCACGGGGACCAUGUUCGCCAUCCCCGUGCAGCCGACACACGAGUUCCGCGCGCGGCCCUUCCCCCGCUCCUCGCUGCCGCCGGAGCGGCCCAGCGUGUCGGGCGCCUCCUCUCCAGAGCCGGCUGGCCGCCGGCGCGAGGACGACACCUCCGGACUGUCGUCGGUGACACCGUCACUGACCUCAGUGGCCACCGACUGCUCCGUGGCUUCGUCACUGCUCUCCGGCCAGCUGUCCAGUCUGGAGGCGCGACCGGUCAGCGGUGGGGGCGGUAUUCCCCCUCCCCCGCCUCUCCCAGGGCAGGGGAUUCCUCCUCCCCCUCCUUUACCAGGGCAGGGGAUUCCUCCUCCCCCGCCGCUGCCCGGGCAAGGAAUCCCUCCUCCUCCCCCUUUGCCGGGUCAAGGAAUUCCCCCUCCCCCUCCCCUCCCCGGUCAAGGGAUCCCUCCUCCCCCUCCCCUGCCCGGUCAAGGGAUCCCUCCUCCCCCUCCCCUCCCGGGCGGGAUCCCUCCUCCCCCUCCGCUCCCCGGCGGGAUCCCUCCCCCUCCCCCUCCGCCUGGCUCGGGGCCGCCUCCUCCCCCACCGAUGCCAGGCUGUAUCCAGGCACGGACAGCUUACACUCUAAGCGCCGCACCGGCAGUGAAUCCAUUCGCUACACUGCCUAAACCCAAGGCCAAGAUGAAAACGCUCAACUGGGCCAAAGUGCCCAACAGAACCAUAGGUAACUCGAUGUGGCAGACGGUGCCCAAGGACCUGCUCUCACCCGUACCGGUCGACUACGACAGUCUGGAGUCGCUGUUUGCACAAAAGGUGAUACAACGUUCUGCCAAGACCACCGUCGAAAAGAAAAAGUCAGUUGAGGAGGUCAACCUGCUCGACGGCAAGCGGUCUCUCAACAUCAACAUCGGCCUGAAGCAGCUACGCAAGACGAAUGAAGAGAUAACCGAGCUAAUCAAAAGGGGCAAGGCAGCUGACGUUGGGACAGAGCAGCUGCGGGCCCUCAUGAGGAUCAUGCCGGAGGAGGGAGAGGUGGCGAUGGUGACCUCCUACGAGGGCCCGCCGGAGCAGCUGGGCGAGGCCGAACAGUACUACCUGGCCCUCUCCAAGGUGCCCUCCUUCCAGCUCAGGGUCGAACUCAUGCUGCUGGAAGCUGAUUUCAAGCCGUCGAUGGAUAGUUUGCGUCCGCAAAUUAAGGCCCUCGUAACGUCCUGCGAGCAAAUUUUAACAUCUGAGAGCCUGAAGCAGUUCCUGAUCCUGGUUCUUCAGGUCGGAAACUUCCUGAACUCGGGAAGCUACGCUGGAAACGCUAUGGGCUUCCGUCUGAGCACACUUCCAAAACUAAUCGAGACCCGAGCAAAUAAGCCUCGCAUGACACUUCUCCAUUACAUCGUCGAAGUAGCCGAGACUCAAAACAAGGUGGCUCUGGAGUUCGCAGAAGACUUCAAACACAUCCACGACGCUGCCAAAAUCUCCCUGGAUGUGCUGAUGGCUGACAUCAACAACCAGUCACAGACGGUGACACGACUGAAAACCCAGUCAGAGAGCGCGCCAGCGGAGGUGAAGAAACAGUUCAAAGAUUUUCUCAGCUCAGCAGAGCGCCAGGUGGCUGACCUGGCCAUCCAAAUGGCCGAGCUCGGCCGGUGCCAGACGCGACUGGCGCAGCACUUUUGCGAGGAGGAGGAUUCGUUCACGGUGGAGAGCUGCCUGAGACUGUUCGACGGGCUCAUACGGAAAAUCGAGGUCGUCCGGCAGGAUAACGAGAAGCGACACCAGGACGAGGAGCGUCAGAAGCGCCGGGAGGAGGAAAAAAAGCGCGCCGCCGCCGCCGCCGCCGCAGCCGCCACCCAGGAGAAGGCGCCCUCCUCCUCCAGAGGCAGCAAGGCGCCGUGGCGGGAUGAGGCGGACGGCCGCACCAGUCCCAACUCGUCCUCUUCCGAGCUGGAAGACGGUCUGGUCGACACCCUCCUCGCCGGGAUCAGACGGGGAGAGUUCCGUUCGGUCCGACGUCGCAAGGAGAAGACCGACGAGCCCGCUUCGCCGACCGACCCGGUGGUUAAAGAGAAACGGCGUCGCCAUCGACGUAGAGAGCCCAUGUUUCUGCUGGGUAGAGAGAGGGAGAGACCCAACGGUAACGAGCUGCGGUGAGUGCGGUGGACGCCGUGAGACCCAGACAGGGAUGCUACGGUGCUAGGCAGGGGAUGUACGGGUGUCGUGUGCAGGAUAGCCCGGCGUUGGGUAACGACUAUAACGUGGUUGAAAACUGUGCCUUGAGCUUGUGUUCUUUGUUAGAUAGGUGCCGUCCAAGCGCGUUACGGUGCUUCCUGAGCAGUGAUCAUGGCAUUAGUACUAUUGCUGAUGUAAACGUUGAAUCUGAAGCGUGAAACUCAGUGUUUUGAAGAAGCUCGGGGAUGGCUGUGUUUUAGCUAAGCGCGACCGUGCAUAUAAGCAUCUUUUCAUGAACAGUACCCUGGCCAACAGUGUGACUGCGUACAUAGCAUGUUUGAGACAAUCGUCCUCCCUUUCUGCCGAUCCUGCGGAAUGCACAGGUCGCUGCGGGAGACGUACUGUAUUGUUUGUAGCUAUAACUAUUUUCUUACAUGUUUACCGUAGAGAAUCGUUUUACUCAGCAAUAUGAAGGCGGUAAGCUGGACAGGACUGCUGAGACGUUGCACAUUUCAGUGUCAAUCAAGGCUUCAUAUAGCGUCAUAAUAUUGCAUGCAGAACUAUGUAUGUGUACCAUCGACCACAUUACCGUGCCUGUGUUCUGAAUUGUGAUGACUGAAAGACAAUAAAGAUGACGCUACAAUA